AUAUAAAAGUGGCGCAAACUAUUCGUUAACUUACCAACUGUUAGAAAUUCAGUCGAUAAGUCAGUAAUUUAUUGAGUAGUUUCCGCUGCUUUUGCAUAGAUGGAGAAUAAGGAAUAAAGAAAAGUUUGAAAAUGAAUAUGUCGAAAUGAAUUGAAGGUUAGGAUUUGAUGGGACUGUUUUUAGAUUUCGUUCAAAAAUCAAGUAAAAAGUAUUGGAAAAAUUAUCUUCACACUUAAUCAUGGCUCUUGCGAAUAUAUCUGGAAUUCCUGAUAAACAUUGGCAGCCACCAUUUGUAGUAUUUGAAACUACAAUGGGGGAAGUCAUGAUUGAGCUGUACUGGAAACAUGUACCAAUUACAUGCAGGAAUUUUGCUGAACUUACACGACGUGGAUAUUACAAUGGAACGAAGUUUCAUAGAGUAAUACGAGAUUUCAUGAUACAGGGCGGUGAUCCCACGGGAACAGGAAAAGGUGGGGUAUCUAUCUAUGGAGAAUGUUUUGACGAUGAAAUACACGAUGAUCUAAAACAUACAGGUGCGGGAGUAGUAUCUAUGGCUAAUUCAGGACCUGAUACUAACGGAUCACAGUUUUUUAUUACAUUAGCGCCUACACAAUGGCUUGAUGGAAAACACACAAUUUUUGAAUUCACUCUGGUAUGGCAAUAGUAAAAAGAAUUGGCUUAGUUGAGACCGAUAAGAAUGACAGACCCGUUGACGACAUAAAAAUUGUUAAAGGAUCCAUAAGAAAUGCGUAAUAAAAAAAUAAAUUUUUAAUUGCUGUAUUUAUUAU